GCGAGUACAUCUGCUACCACACGUUUGUCUGUUAAUUAGUGUCUUGCUUAGUGAGUGGCUGCUCUGCUGUAGCAAAGGGCCUUUUUAAGAUCUUGGAGGACUUAGAAACUGUGUUUUUGGUGCUAGGCAGGGGUGCUGGAGGGUGAUGAGCGAUUUCCUUGUCCAGUACUUGCCCCGGUACCCAGGUGGUCUUGGCAGCUCUGGUGUUGGCAGCGUCCCGGGGUCUUAGCAGGACUCGGCAGUUAAUUUGCCAUACAACUUAAUUUCUUUUCCAAGUGGCUUUGGCUGAGGGUCCGCAUCACCUGAGAGACAUGUGGGUCUUGCGUCUGUCCCACUGCUCCCUUUAACGUGCUUCGUUGGAGGCAGAAGUGGCUCCUGUCCCUUCCUCGUGACGGAUUUCAUUUGUUAUCGUCGACCAAAGCGAGCGCAACAGAAUGCCAAGGGGGUUGUGGGCUGUGCAUGGCGGAGCCCCGCGGUCUUUCUCCCCACCAGCCUGUCGAAGCUGAACCCAGGAGAUGCAACCCGCCAGCCCUUUGGUUUUCCAUAGGGUCAGUGCUAUACUUUUAUGCGUGGGAGCAGCAGCAAUGCUCUGGCCGCGGUGGUUUCCCCCAGCAGACGGACCCCGCUGUCCAUCCAGCCAGUGUGUCGUGGCCCAAAUUUGGGGCCGCACCAGGCUCCAGCUCCCCAAAGUGAUGUCCUGCCAGCAGGGAUGGGGUGGGAGCGAGGGCCCUGGAUGCAGCAUCCGUGUCGGGAAAGAGGUCCCGGGGUCCCAAAACCGGGAUGACGUCUGGCCCCAACCAGCCGGGGUUGUUGCAGCUUAACUGCGCUGGUGCAUGGGCGGCUGGGGUCGGUGCCUUAUUAACCAUCCGGGGUUUCUCCUCUCUGUUAAUUCCAGAUCGCGUUGCUAUAGUCUAAAUAAAUAAAAAAAGAAAUCAUGUAAAAGGUCACGCCGCAGGGCAGAAAGUCUGGGGUUAUCUGGCAGGGUCUGGAGGCUGCCAAGUGCCGUGUUUGGGAACAGCCUCUCCUCCAGCCUGUCCUGCCUGGUCCUGGGCGGCUGUUUCGUUGCUUGUGGCCUUGGGGGUGGGAGACGUCCCUGGGGGCUGCAACUCAGCGUUGCUUUGAUAAGGAGGGACGGCUGCGGAUCGGGGUCGUGUGGGGGAAGCCGCAGAGAGCCUGAAAUCCCAUGCGUUAAAGGGUGGAUUAAAUUCACGGUCGUUAGAUUAAUGGGAUUAAGCCCGUGAGUCAAGAGGCCGUUUUGCACAGAGCUCAGCACUGCCGACCCAGCUCAGGCAGCACGAGUAGCGGCCAAGGAACCCCUUGCUACCUGGAGUAACUGCAGAGCGACGCACGCAACCCCUCUCCGCACCUGGCCAUAGCAAUGGGGAUUUUAGCGCUUGCAGAGGUGUUGUGCAGUGCAAUAGGGGUGAGCCCCAGCUCCGCAUGUGGGGGGACCGGGAUCUUCCACCCUGCUUGGGAAGGACUGCCCAAACUUUGGCUGCACUGGGGGGACUUGCAUGGAGCAGGUUGGGCUCCCGGGGCUGAUGGCUGGUGUGGCUGGGACGGGGAUAGCAAAUGUAAAAAUCGGAGAUAAAGGCUGCCUUGAAGAAACCCCGCGGGAGCAGGGCUGUGCUGCAGGGAUGAUGCGCUCCAGAGCAUCCCUGGUGUCGGGGGUCCGGGGGACAGGGCAGCUCUGCGGGUCUUUCCUGCAAAAAUACGUGCCCGUUCCUCCUCGGCGAGAGGAGGGUUGGCGGUGCCGCGUGUCCUUUGGAGGAGGGAGAGGCUGGAGGGGCUCCGGUAGCUGUCUGGAAGCAGUCGGCACCCUGUGCUGGAGCAUAGACCCCCGUGGUAGCGCAUUCCCCCCCCCCCAUGCUGGUGCAUGCCCCCCUGUGCCAGUGCACGUCCCACACGCCGGUGCAUCCCUCCGGCACGCACGGGGGGCACAGAAAAGCAGCAUCCCCGGCAGCAGGAGUUGUCCAUCGCGGAGCGGCGGAGAGCCAUCCGCCUGUUUCGGGGGCGUGGGAAAACUGCAGCCUCCGUGAUGCCGAGCUGUGGGCCUCCGCUGUGUUUCCAGACUUCACGACAGCGGCUCGGUGUAUUUUUGGUUUGUAGCACCAGGCCCGGCUCCAGCAGCCCUGCCGAGCAGCAGCCGGUCCCUUGGAUGGGCAACCCUCCUCCUCGGAGCGGCAGCGGGACCUUCGGCUGCAGCUCCAGCCUCCGCGGCCGCCGGGCUCUGCCCUGGGAGCAGCUCAGCCCUGCCAGCGAGUGCGUUCCCUGCAAGCCUGUGGCAACGUGCGGACCACGUGAAUAAAUAUUAAAAAAUGUAGGUGGAUGCGAUAAUAUUUAUGCCCUAGCAGGUCUCCGUGCUGGUUGCAUAAGACAUCAUGUAUUCUUUCCAUCCCCGUGUCCUUUGCCUUCCCAAGCAGGAGAGCUGCCAGCAGCGCUGGUGACGUAUGGGCAGCGACAAAAAACUUGUCAUCGAAAAAAAAGGUAUUUUCUGCUCGCUGUGCCUGGCAGCCACCGUGGCUCCGAGCAAAGAGCUGCUCAGCGGGGUGAGCUGAAAUGACUUUAUGGAGCGAAGGGAGGGGGACACGGACCCUGUCCCUUGCGGUGACUCAGCCCCGCAGGCCGGUGAGUCAGCGCCUGCUGCCUGCCCUGUUUCGGAGGCAGGUUUCCAACCGGAGAGCCUGGCUCGCCUGGCAGCCCCGACCUGUCCCACUUUCCUGCCAGGCAUCCUCUGCAGAUCCUUUCGGGAGCCUGCGAGGUUUCCUGCCCGCGCCCCGGCCCCACGCUCCCGGGGGGGAUCCGUGCAGGCAGCGUCAGGUUCCCCCAUUAGAUCGGAUGAACUCUCUCCAGGAACCGUAUAUCUUGCAAAAAACCCCUUCUGCAGCUCAGGAAUUCAGCCCGCGGCCAGGUGCACGUGCCUGCCCGCUUUGAUAUCUUGCUGCAGUCUGGAAAACCAGAGCCUGCCUCCGAAUGCAGGAUCCUGUGGCUUUUUUUAGAGAGGACUCGUGCUUUGGGAGGGCUAAAAUGUGCUGUCCUCACCAGAAAUCUUGCAAAAAUUGAUGGCAAAAUUGUUCGUUUCUGGUGACAGAUGCUAUUUCAGCUGCUGCGGGAAGAGAGCAGAAGAGGUGUCGAUCGGGUCCUGGUCCAAGAGGAAAGAGGCCAGACCUCUUCUGGUGGCAGGAUCAGGACUUGUCACACGGGGUGGCAAAGAAUAUUUGCAUUUUCCAAAUAGUUCCUUUGUGUCUCUGAGUGGCUAAAGGAAAAUCCCAGGCAAACUGUCGUGUAAGAAGCAGCUGCAUUUAUUGCAUCUCUCCUUGAAGUAACAUCUGCUUUACCCCAGCUACAAUAAAAAUAUAAGCAGAAUAAACCCUUAUUACGUUGGCUGCUGGCAGCGGCUGCCUGGGUGACACCAGCCUGCUGCGAAGGUGGAUCCAGACACGGCGUUACCUGUGCAGAAACCACCGCGGGCUUCUCCUCCAGCACUGCCAGCUCCAGCUGAGUGAUGUGGGGGAGAGCCAGGCAGGAGCCCGAAGUUGGCGUCUUGGCAAAGCAGUACCUUGAGCGAGGCCUUCUGGUGCCGGACCACGUCAUCACGCGCGUGAUGAUGACGGAGCUGGAGAAGCGGCGAGAGCAGCCCUGGCUGCUCGACGGUUUCCCUCGGACGCUGGGGCAAGCCGAGGCGCUGGACAGGAUCUGCGAGCUGGACCUGGUGAUCAGCUUGAACAUUCCCUUUGAGACGCUGAAGGAUCGCCUGAGCGCCCGCUGGGUCCACCCGGCCAGCGGAAGGGUGUACAACAUGGACUUCAACCCUCCCCAUGUCCAGGGCAUCGAUGACCUGACGGGCGAGCCGCUGGUCCAGCGCGAGGACGACAAACCCGAGGCCGUUGCUGCCAGGCUCAGAAAAUACAAAGAUGCUGCAAAGCCAGUAAUAGAGUUGUACAAGAGCAGGGGCAUCCUUCAUUCCUUCUCGGGGACAGAGACCAACAAGAUCUGGCCGUACGUGUACACUCUGCUUUCCAGCAAGAUCCCACCCAUUCUCUCGGAUGAGGAGAACUAAACGGCUUGUGCCAAGGACCAAGAGUUAAUUUGAUCAUGGAUUUGGUUUCUCUGCGCGGUGCUGGGGCUGUGCUCAGAUUAGGCGAUCGUGUGGUACCUAAAGUCCCUUCCCUGGGUGUACUGGGUGACAUCGGUGGAUACACGGUUAUAGCCAGUAUCAGGGCGAAAAGAUCUUUGCUUGUAAGGUCAAGUUUGCUAGAAUAAGGGGUUUUUUUUCUCUUUUGAGGCUAUAAAGUAUUCCUGCCUGUGGUCCAAGUACACACACAGACCAGUGAUGCAAACCUGGGUAAUGAUCAUACCAGGUUUACACAGCUUGCCACAAUGUUCUUGCCACCCCCAUACAAACCCCAGUCUCUGAGCCUACAGUGUGCUAUCCUGUUGCUCCACAGUACCGUUUACUGCAGAUCACUCUCUAGGCUGGGUUUUUUUUAAAUUAAAUUACAUUAAAUUAAAUUUAUUUCUCAGAAAAAUAAAGCUCUAAAAAGCAAGACUUAGCCCAGUGGGAAUCGGUGAGCAACAUGGAAAAUGCGUACACUACAAAGCUCAGAAAUGUGAAGAUCACAUUUCCAGCAUUAAUACACAUAAAAGAGGGAAAACACUGGAGGUAAAACACGUACUCGUGCUUCUUCCAUAGAGAGCCAUGAAACCCCUGUUAUAAAAAGCUGCUGUACAGUCUAGUUUUCAUGAGAUGCUGUGACACUGAGCAGGAUCUGUGCUGGGGAUGAGUUGCACUCCUUUGUGCUUACCUUGUUUAUAGCUUUUAAUACUACAAGAUACAGUCACGUUGUAAGAGUUUCUCCCAAAGAUGUAUUUUAAUGUGUGCUUCAGUUUUGGGGAGAAAUCAAGUCAUUCCAUCUUCUGUGCUGCCUUUGUCCCUGAGGUCCCCCGGCGACGGGGGUUCUUCCCUACGCGGUUCCCGCUGCGGCUGCAGCAUCCCUGGCAGAAGCAGCUCCCUCCCCACGAACCCCCGGAGAGGUGAGAGCCUUCCCUUCCGCGGGACGCGUGCAGGGGCUGCCGAGGGCUGUGCCCAGGCAUUUUCCCGAGAUUUACAGCAUCAUCUGAGCGUGUCGCUCCUCUUCUCGCGCGCAGGAGCUUUGCGGCCGGGUGGCUUUUCUCAACUGGAAGUACUGUAACCCUCUUUGGUGGCAGGAUGCAGUACCUAAGCAAUGGGGACGUUCUUUUUGUCUCCUCGAGUUGCCUUAUUUUAUAGACUAUAUAUUUAAGAAAAAAAGCAAGAUGUGUAUUUUUAAAGGUUUAAAAAAAAAAGCGCUGAAUUUUAGCAUCGACUUUUGGGAACUCUGCACGAAGCUGCUUGCCUUCGCAGAGCGUGCUGCAGUCUGCCAUGGGUGGCUCAGCAGGGAGGCAGAAAAGCUGUCACUCCCCGGCACCCGUUUGAUUCAUUAGAGCAGCCUGGGCAAGUUUCUGUUGCUGAAAUGUCGCUGGUUUUCUUUUUGCCUGGAGAGAGCCGCAAGGGAGGGAGAGCUGACUGGCUUUUUUAGGGAUGCACAGGCUCCGCGUGCGAAACUUCAGCACAUCCCCGGGCGUCUUCGAUCCCUGCUGAGCCACCUGCAUCCUCAUGCUAUCGGGGGGGCCCCCUGAUGUUUGCUCUCCCCGUCGGAGGCAGCUUUGCCCCGGCGCUCUCCUGAUAACGGAGCCAGAAGCCGUCGGGCAUCUGCCGAGCGAGAUCUCUGCCCACGUGCUGCCGCCUGCUCCGCAGCGGCGGCAGGGGAAGGCUCCGCAUCCUGCUCUGGGUGGGAAUUUCCCGGGUGGGAGCAGCGGGACCGUCGGGUUUCACUGCUGUCCCUGGGGGUCUUUCCAUCCCCCCCCAUGGAGCUCCUGGGCUGGGAGGACGCAAAUCUUCCACCCUGCAAUGAAAUCCUAUUUAAGAAAGAUUUGAGAUUUUUCCCAUGACCCUCGGACGAAGGUCUGGGCCUUUUUUAAACACAAAUCUAGAAAUAGCCGAAAUGUGUGUGCUGUUUCUUUCUAACAGUGUUGGGUGGGAGGGGAGGAGAUGAUGGGGGGGGGGUCUUUAGGCUAUAAAAGCAGCCUGGCCGCGGCGGGCGGCUCUGCCGGGGCCGAGUGCCGGGCAGGGGGGGCUGCUCCUUGCUUUCCCUUGCCUAGCUCUUGUGUCUCAUCCUUCUCUGCUGCAAAAUGCCUCCUGCAGAGGGGCUUGCCCCACGCAGCGCCCAGCGGCAGGACAGGGCUCGCAGAUGUCUUUGCCCCAGGAGAGCCGCCCGAGCGCUUGUUUUAAAGGCUUUGAGCCCUAUAGAUGUAGAAAUCCCGCGACUGUGCAUGCGUCAAGCCCUCGGGAUAGAUUUUUUUUCUACAAGAGUCGUUGUACGGUGCGUAUUCAUAGACCAAAUACCGGCAGGGAUGAGGUCCCGGAGCGACACGUGUCCCUCGCCUUUCCUCCCCGCCGCGCUGCCCUUUGGUACUUUACUGUGAAUCUCACGCCUUUUCUAAAGCGACAGCAAUUUUGUACCGACCCAAGAUACUGUGUGCUGGGAGGAGGGUCUCGCCGCGCGCGGGGCACCACUGGCACAUCACGCCGAGUUUUCUUCCUGGAGUUUCUUCCCGGUGAAUCGCUGCAGCUGUGUUACGCCUCGAAAGAUGUAAAUAAAAUUUUUCUCCUGCUUA